CCUCCCCCCCCCCACACACACCCCCACCUUCUUCUGCUCUGCAGCUUUCUGGAACCUGAUUGAUUGUUUUUCUUGGCUUGAAUGCCUCCAUCAUACUUUCCAUUGAGGUGGGAGAGCACUGGGGACCAAUGGUGGUUUGCCUCUCCCAUAGAUUGGGCUGCUGCCAAUGGGCAUUAUGAUCUGGUGAGGGAGCUUCUGCACCUUGACACCAAUUUGAUCAUAAAACUCACAUCUCUGAGGCGAAUUCGCCGUCUAGAGACAGUUUGGGAUGAUGAAGAACAGUUUGAUGAUGUUGCGAAGUGCCGCUGUGGAGUGGCCAGAAAGCUCCUCCUUGAAUGUGAAACCAAGGAGGGUCCGAAUUCUCUGAUCAGAGCUGGCUAUGGUGGCUGGCUUCUUUACACGGCUGCCUCAGCCGGGGACAUGGAAUUCGUUAAGGAAUUGCUGGAGAGAGACCCGCUUUUGGUGUUCGGGGAAGGGGAGUUUGGGGUCACCGAUAUACUGUAUGCCGCGGCUCGAAGUAGGAGCUCCGAAGUCUUCAGGCUGCUGCUCGAUUCUGCAGUCUCGCUCAAGCAGCUCAGGAACAGUGGAGUAGAAGAAUCGUCGGGAGAGGACGUUCCUUCGAGUUUCAAGGCGGAAAUGAUGAGUAGGGCUGUUCAUGCCGCGGCUAGAGGAGGGAACGUGGAGAUCUUGAUGGAACUUCUCGGGGAUUGCUCGGACGUUUUGAUGUUUCGAGAUGGUUUGGGAUCUACUCUCUUGCAUUCUGCUGCAGGCCGAGGGCAGGUCGAGGUGAUUAAGAGUUUACUAGCACGCUAUGACAUUAUCGAUUCGAGAGACAACCAAGGAAACACCGCGUUGCAUGUGGCAGCUUACCGGGGUUACUUACACGUUGUGAAAGUCCUCGUAUCUGCAUCUCCUUCGUCUACCUUGUUGACAAACAACUACAGGGACACGUUUCUCCAUAUGGCUGUGGCGGGGUUCAGAACCCCGAGCUUUCACAGAUUGGACCGACAGAUAGAGCUGAUGAGGCAGUUGGUGCGGGGGGAAAUUGUGUGUAUAGGAGACAUUGUUAAUCUGAGGAACAAUGAGGGUAAAACUGCUCUUCACAUGGCGGUUAGCGAGAACAUUCAGACUGAUCUGGUGGAGCUGUUGAUGACUGCAAUUUCGAUCGAUUUAAAUGUUCGUGAUGCUGAUGGUAACACCCCGUUGGACCUCCUCAAGCAGCGCCCGCGAUGUGCUUCCUCUGAGAUAUUGAUUAAGCGGCUCAUCUCGGCUGGUGGAAUUUCCAACUGUCGAAACCAUAAGACGAGAAGUGUCCUAGCUUCACAUAUGAGAAUGCGGGGCAUUGCAGGCAGUCCCGGGACUUCUUUUAGGAUCCCGGAUGGGGAAAUAUUCUUGUAUACUGGCCUCGAGAAAGGAUACGAGGCUAACUGUGAUCUUGCAAGCCCCUGCUCGGGCGAAAUAAGCCCGUGCCAUUCUGCAGAAGGCUCAAACUUUUCACAGAAAAAGAAAGCGGUUUCGGGAAACAGCGCUGCCAGACGCCUUAAGUUUCUUCUGCAGUGGCCGAAGAAAAAAGAGACGGCCGAUGACACCAACUCUGUUGAAUCUCUAGUGCUGUACUCGUCAAGCUCGGGGGAGAAGCCGGUCCCGCUGCGACAGAAAUUCUCGAGAGCCUCCUCUCUUCCGAACAGCAAACGAGUUCUCUCGAGCCUUCCAAGUCCAUCCACCAAGAAGAAGUUCGCUGCAGGGCUAAGGCAAGGCGUGAUUCAAAUAACGCCCCAAUCGUCUCACGGAUCACCCCCGAGCUCCUUCUCCGGAUCCCCGUGGGCAUCUCCAAACUCCGCCAUUCAAGACAAGAGCUCCAACCUUGCAAACGCCAGCACAUGCGCCUCGAGCUCCAACGAUUUGCAGGGCAAACAGAAGUCGAGGCUCGGGCAGAAACGCGACUCGUUCAACAUGAAGGUGAUGAACCAGUUCUUCUGCUUCGGUACAGAAGGCCUCGCGGUGGAUAACCCGGUGAGAUUCAAACCGCAAGAUCAGUGCUACAAACAUGCAGUUGCAACAUGAGUUUAUCAUGAGCAUUUGACUCACUACACACUGCUGCAAUGAAAUCAAAUGUAUAUAACUAGCUGUUUUCUAUGUUGUCUUUUCACUUUUAACUGUAAUAAAAAGCUGUACUUGGAGCUUGCAGUUUUGACAUGUUUUUGAACUGUUGGUGAAAUUCAAAUGUUAGUAACUGGGAAUCCCAUUGAAUUUCAUACAAUUUGGUUUGCUGAAAGUUUAGGCUUGAGGACUGCAAUGGUGGCAAGAACAAGAAAAUAAGCGAAAUUAAUACAUUUCGUC